AUGGACAGAUGCUUAUGUACUCCUAAGAAAAUAAGAAAUAUCAUUUAUAUGUUCUUACCCAUAACUAAGUGGUUGCCAGCUUACAAUUUCAAGGAAUAUGUGUUGGGUGACUUGGUCUCAGGUGUAAGCACAGGAGUGCUGCAGCUUCCUCAAGAACAUCCCGUCAUGGAUAAAAAUGAGCUGGUGCAGAAGGUCAAACUGGCCAAGGAGGCUGAGCAAUAUGAUGACAUUGUGUGCAUGAAGUCUGUAACUGAGCAAGAAGCUGAAUUAUCUAAUGAGGAGAGGAAUCUUCCCUCCGUUGCUUAUAAAAAUGCUGUGCUGUCGGCCAUUGUUAUCGUCAACUUGAAAGGAAUGUUUAUGCAAUUCUCAGAUCUCCCCUUCUUCUGGAGAACCAGCAAAAUAGAGCUGGUGGUAAUGGGAACUGGCAUUUCAGCUGGGUUUAAUUUACAUGAAUCAUACAAUGUGGAUGUCGUGGGAACACUGCCUCUGGGGCUCCUACCUCCAGCCAAUCCGGACACCAGCCUCUUCCACCUUGUGUACGUGGAUGCCAUCGCCAUAGCCAUCGUUGGAUUUUCGGUGACCAUCUCAAUGGCCAAGAGCUUGGCAAAUAAACAUGGCUACCAGGUCGAUGGCAAUCAGGAACUCAUUGCCCUGGGACUGUGCAAUUCCACUGGCUCACUCUUCCAGACUUUUGCAAUUUCAUGCUCCUUGUCUCGAAGCCUUGUUCAGGAGGGAACUGGAGGGAAGACACAGAGUACAGUUGCUGUGUUGCAGAAUGUUAAAAACCUCAACGUGUGUUCCCUAGGCGUUGGUCUGAUGGUUUUUGGUUUGCUGUUGGGUGGCAAGGAGUUUAAUGAGAGAUUUAAAGAGAAAUUGCCGGCACCCAUUCCUUUAGAGUUCUUUGCGGAUGCAGAAGUAGAUGCAGAAGAUGGUACCAAGCCUGAAGAAGAAGAGGAAGAAAUAAAAUAUCCCCCAGUAGUAAUCAAGAGCACAUUUCCUGAAGAACUGCAAAGAUUUAUGCCUCCAUUGGAAAACGUCCACACCGUCAUUCUGGAUUUUACACAAGUCAAUUUUAUUGAUUCUGUUGGUGUAAAAACUCUAGCAGGGAUUGUAAAAGAAUAUGGAGAUGUCGGUAUUUAUGUGUAUUUAGCAGGAUGCAGUGUUUUUGGUGAAAAUGAAAAUUAUUCUCCUGAAAAUCAUUCUAAAGCGAGCUUUGAAAUUAGCCACUUCCAAGCACCCCUAUCACUGGACAACCUGUGGCAGGCCUCCUGA